AUCCCUACCAAUAUCAGCGACACCUGCACGACCUUCUUCAACACCCUCAAUUCAGAUGCAAGCAUCAAGAGCUGCACCACUCCACUCCUCUCAGCGACUCAGUACUACACGGGUUCCAAUGCCACCAGCAGCACCGAAGCAAAGACGGCACUGCAGGACUCCCUCUCGGAGCUGUGUGCCAGUGAUGCCGGCUGUGAUACAGACCUGGUCAGGCAGUACCUUAGCUCCUUCUGGACUAGCUGUAUGACCGAGAUUCAGAACGAGAACAAGGAGGUACAGGACGUGUACGACGUCUUGUACCUCUUGGUGCCAUUCCGAGAGGCCAUUUGCUCAGAGGACGAUAGUGGAAACUACUGCCUACUUGAAACGGCCAACUCCACUACCAGCAGCACUACAUCCAAGCGAGACCUCCCCGCGCUCAAGCUAGGACUGCCUGGGAACGUUCUGAAAAGGAUGAGGGAUCAUGCAUCGAUGCUCCCCAAUGCCAAGAGACAUGAAGCAGCAGAGACCGCAGAAGUCGCAGAGCCUCUGGAGGCCCGGCAGUCCAGUGACAACGCUACCGACGCAGCCUCAACGGUAGACUCUCUCAACGGCACCAACAUCGCCUUCCUCUUCCUGCAACCGGACUCGGACAAGUCCGUCCUCUGUGGCACCUGCGCCCAAAGUAUCCUCGCCUCCUACAUCAAGUUCGAGACGGCCCUACCCUAUGCCAUUGGUCUGAGCAACUCGCAUAUCUUCAGUGGUCAGAGUGCACUUUACAAGGCUGGACAGGCCACCUGCGGAGAUACCUGGGCUACAAAGGUGAAUGAGAUUGCCGGAACAACAGACUUUGCAAAGGUGGCAGGAGCGGCG